AUGAACCGUGAUGAUUCUGUGAAGAGUUCACGACGGUACAGCAGAUGCGAGCAGCCUUCGGGAGUCCCGUUGGGUUGGCGGCAAAACUCGCUAACUAUUAGCACUUUGGCUCAGCAAUCCGCUUACUUGACGGAGAAAGCACGGAACAAACUAAACGACGACCAACAGAAGCCUGAGUCGGUUUCGUGGUUUCGUCUAUUCAGAUACGCGAUACCAUGUGAACUGCUGCUGCUUGUCGCUGGCGUGAUCCUGGCAACCCUGAACGGUCUAUUUGUGCCCAUUGGCGUGAUCAUCUACGGCGAGUUCACGUCCCUUCUCAUAGACCGCACCGUAUUAGUGGGCACUUCGACUCCAACCAUCACCAUAUCUAUGUUCGGCGGCGGCAGAGUCCUGACAAAUGCAAGCGCUGAAGAGAACCGUUUGGCUUUAAUUGAGGACUCACAGGCUUUCGGCAUCGGCUGCAUAGUAUUCUCCGCGAUGCAAUUCAUAUGCGGGGCCGUUAGUGUCACUAUCUUCAAUUAUGCCGCUCUCAAACAGAUUGACAGGGUAAAAGAGAAAUUCCUAUUAGCCGUCCUCCGUCAGGACAUCACGUGGUACGACCUUAAUACAACGAUGAACUUCGCAACUAAGGUAUCCGACGACGUGGAGAAGUAUCGCGAGGGAAUUGGUGAAAAGGUGGCAAUGUUCGUGUACCUGGUGAUGUCAUUUGUGACCGCCGUCAUUAUCUCAUUGCUCUACGGCUGGGAGCUCACACUAGUCAUAUUGUCAUGCGCACCAGUCAUCAUCGCCACAACAGCCAUUGUAGCUAAGGUUCAAUCGUCCCUGACCACACAAGAAUUGAAAGCAUACAGUAUCGCUGGAGUUGUGGCUGAAGAGGUUCUUGGGUCAAUUAGAACAGUAGUUGCUUUCGGCGGCGAAGAGAAGGAAAUUAAAAGAUAUUCGGAACGCUUAGCGCCAGCGAAGAAGACUGGCGCUCGUAAAGGCAUGUACUCCGGAAUGGGAAGCGGAUUCAUGUGGUUGAUAAUAUACAUGACGUACGCCCUUGCAUUCUGGUAUGGAGUCGGUCUCAUCCUCGAUAGCAGGCACGAAGUGGUCCCAAUGUACACGCCAGCCGUGUUGAUGAUUAUAUUCUUUAGCGUACUCCAAGGGGCACAAAACGUUGGCCUAACAACACCUCACAUUGAAGCUUUGGCUAGUGCGAGGUCGUCGGCCGCGGCCAUUUUUAAAGUCAUAGACCGAAAACCCGAUAUAGACAGUCUGUCUACCGAAGGCACCAAGCCCAUACUGGACGGGAAUCUUGAACUGCGAGACGUGAGCUUCAGAUAUCCAGCAAGACCCGAUGUUCAGGUGCUGUACGGACUGUCUCUGAAGAUCAACCAGAACGAGACUGUGGCGCUGGUGGGGCCGAGCGGCUGCGGCAAGUCGACGGUUCUCCAGCUGCUGCAGAGGAUGUACGACCCCGAAUCCGGCGCCGUGCUCGCGUCCGGUCACAACCUGUCCUCCAUCAACGUGCGCCAUUUUCGCUCCCACAUCGCCGUGGUCGGCCAGGAGCCGGUGCUGUUCGCCGGUACAAUCAAAGAGAACAUACGGUUAAGUAACCCAACGUGCUCCGAUGAAGAUAUUAUAGUCGCGGCGAAACAGGCAUAUUGUCACAAUUUCAUCAAAAAAUUACCCAAUGGAUACGACACAUUAAUAGGGGAGAGGGGCGCCCAGCUUUCUGGUGGGCAGAAGCAGCGCAUCGCGAUCGCACGCGCCCUGGUGCGCCGCCCCAAGAUCCUGCUUUUAGACGAGGCCACGUCGGCGCUCGAUUCGCACAGCGAGGCCAAGGUGCAGAGAGCCCUCGACGCCGCCGCCCACGGCAGAACCACCGUCAUGGUGAGCCACAGGUUAGCGACUGUAUUGAAUGCCAAUCGAAUUGUAUUCAUUGACAAAGGCGAAGUCAUAGAAGAGGGAACUCAUACGGAAUUGAUGAUAAAGAAAGGUCGAUACUACCAACUAGUGCUGGAAAACGAGCCCAGUAUCGCCCCUGGAGCCAAUAUAGACAAACCAAAACGCGCAAGGAUAGCCAAGCCGGCGUUACAACACACGGCGUCGAAGGAUUCUGUAAAAAGCAGUAGCGCCUCAGAAAGCUCCGGCUCGGAGGGCAGUUUGCAGCUCGAAGAUGAAAGGGAGGUUGAAUUCAAACCUACCACGUGGCAGAUACUGAAACUUUGCAAGCCGGAGAAGUGGCUGAUGGUGGGCGGAGUGAUCGCGGCCUUUGCCGUUGGAUCAUCGUUUCCGUGUUUCGCGCUGUUGUUCGGUGAAACGUACGGUCUGCUAGAACAUCCAGACGAGGACUACGUACGUGGCGGUAUGAACGUCAUUGCAGUGCUAUUCCUUUUGGUGGGCGUGUAUACUGGCAUGAGCAUGUUCAUCCAAAUAUUCGUCUUCAACCUAACCGGCGUAAGACUAACUGCGCGUUUGAGAGAAGGUGCGUUCCGUGCCAUGCUGAAGCAGGAAAUGGGCUGGUUCGAUAGUCCAUUGAACGGGGUUGGUGCUCUCUGCUCCAGGCUCGCCGCUGACGCAGCGGCCGUGCAAGGGGCAACUGGCACGCGGAUCGGCGCUCUAAUGCAAGCGUCGGCCACUAUCAUCAUUGGCGUCGUGCUCUCUCUGUACUACACGUGGCGGAUGACGCUGGUCUCCCUGGUUUCCGUCCCGUUGGUGAUAGUCGCCGUCGUGCUCGAGAGUAGAGUGCUGGCGGAGGGAAUCGCGUCCGCGAGAUCUUCUUCCGACGUAGCGACAACCAUAGCUACAGAAGCCAUUACCAACAUUAGGACCAUUUCCGCAUUUUGCGGCGAGGAAGGCGUGGUUAGGCGGUUCCACAAAGCCAGCGCCAGCGCGGUCGCCUCCCAGCGGCACAGCAUGAGGUGGCGGGGUCCAGUGUUCUCUUUCGGGCAGACGGCACCAGUCGCCGGUUACGCACUAUCGCUCUGGUACGGAGGUGUACUCGUCGCCAACAAAGAGGUCCACUAUAAGACCGUAAUCAAGGUAUCAGAGGCCUUGAUCUUCGGCGCUUGGAUGAUGGGCCAGGCGUUGGCUUUCGCGCCCAACUUUGGGGCGGCAGUUUUGGCGGCUGGGCGCGUCAUGACGCUGCUAGCGAGGCAGCCGCGCGUGAGAAGCCCACAGUCGCCCUCUGUGCCCGACAACUACAUCGCAGAGGGCAAGAUACAGUACAGUCACAUCAAAUUCCGCUAUCCGACCCGUCGCGAGGUCGGCGUGCUUCGCGGUCUGUCACUUGUCAUUCCCAGCGGUAAGCGUGUCGCGUUCGUCGGCCCUAGUGGAUGCGGCAAGUCCACAUUAAUUCAGCUCUUACAAAGGCUGUACGAUCCGGACGCAGGAUAUGUGUACUUGGACGACAACAACAUAAUGGAGGACAUGCGAAUUUCCACACUGAGGAGGAAUCUUGGCAUCGUGUCGCAGGAACCCGUCCUUUUUGACCGGACCAUAGCCAAGAAUAUCGCAUACGGAGACAACACUAGGGACGUGCCCAUGGACGAGAUUGUGAACGCGGCAAAAGCGGCCAACGUGCACACGUUCGUCACCGCUCUGCCUUCUGGCUACGACACACGGAUCGGGGCGCGCGCGUCUCAGCUUUCCGGAGGGCAGAAGCAACGGAUCGCCAUCGCGCGAGCGCUUGUGCGCAACCCGCGCGUCCUCCUGCUCGACGAGGCCACUUCAGCCCUCGACACGCAAAGCGAAAAGAUAGUGCAAGACGCGCUGGACCGCGCCAGCGAAGGUCGCACUUGUCUCAUAAUAGCCCACCGCCUUACCACUAUACGUAAUGCGGACAUCAUCUGCGUCAUAGACAAAGGAGUGAUAGCGGAGAUGGGCACGCAUGCAGAACUAGUCGCAAGGAAGGGGAUCUACGCGAAACUCUACGAGUUGCAAUGCGGCAUCGUGGAGGAAGCCGAGGAGAACAUAGAAAGUGGCGUGGAU